AUGGCUGCGAACAGAGUAAUCCUUUACGCGUCGCUGCUCUGGCGGAUCGCUAUCGCUAUGCCAUGGAUAGGACCGAUGCCUACACCUGUUGGCCUGAUGGCUAUAGCCGGGGUGUCGCCGCGACCGACUGAAGCUCCCGGCUCAAAUGGGAUACCGCAAGAGCUCCUAAAAAGAGAGAAUGUGCAAUAUCCCCCGCCCGCGAAUUGGUGCGGUUUCGUCAGUGGCAUCUAUGAUGAUCCUCUCUCCUGCAACAUUGGCUUGACUUGCGUCAACUCGGGCGAAGCAAUUGGCUGCUGUACAGCUACCACGGGAAUUUGCUCAGCGCUCUACACCACCUGUGUCAAUUAUCAAUAUGAAUGCGACCAACCGUGCCAGCUAGACCUGGCGAUAAGAAAAUGCGAUGCACUCGAACCUUUCUGCGGCACCUACGCAUUCCCUGGCGAUACCACCCUCUUCGACUGCAUGGUAACAUCGAUGUCCAUUCAGGACGUCGAGUUCUUGAACGACUUCUACAUAACCGCCAUUGGUAGCACCCUUGCAUCCGAUGCCACAACAAACCCCUUCGGCUUCACCGCCUCUGCCUAUCUCGACUCCUUCGCAGCCACCCCUACAAACAGCGACACAGGCUUAGCCUCACAGUCAACUUCAGCCUCAUACUCGGGAUCAAGCUCAGGUUCAAAUCCGGGCUCUCACAGCGGUCUCGCUCAAGGCGCAAUCGACGGCAUCGCAGCUGGUGUCGCCAUCAUUGGUGCAUUGAUAAUCGGCCUUGUCGUAUUCUGCUGCAUCCGCGUCCGCAGGCGUAAAAGGAUCGCCGCUGCUUCAACUCCUCCUACAUACUUCCCGCCUCCCAUGCAACAGCAGCCACAACAACCACCACCACCAAAAGUUUUCGACGGCUACCAAUCCGUCCCCCAGCACGAACAGCAAUAUACACAAUACCCUGGUCCCCAUCAACAAGCCGAGCCGUACUUUCCUCCACCAGCUUCAGCCGUCUCGCCCCAGUCCACCGGCGCAAACGACCCACGCUUUAGCCUAGCAACUACUAGCCUUUUUUCCCCGCGGCCAAUUGAGCCAGAGCAAAGGCAAAGCUAUUAUAAACCACCUCUCUCCCCUACGAUUACAGAAGUGGAUGGAACAAUGGGGAAUCCGAGCGUCCCAACUGGCGUGACACAUGGUGCGCCAACAGAGGUGGACGGGACGAUGGGAAACCCGGGCGUACCAGCCGGCGGGCAUGGAAUUGAACACCAAAUGAUGCCGGGUGGAAGUCCGAGCGCUGCGGAGAUUGACGGCAGGAUGAGCAGUGGGGUGCAGCAGGCACCGUUGCGCAAGCCGGUGGGCAGUGAGCAACAGGGCAUGAUGGGAGCUUCGAUGAUCCAACCGUUCUCUCAAGGUCCGUAUGAGCUGGGGCAUGACGGACGGUGA